CUAGGUCCACCGAGGAAAAGCAGGAGCAGCGAAACACCCAUCCACAAGGCCAAGGGUUUGUUCGAUCAUCCACUCUCACCACCCCCAAACACACAAACACGAAAUCAAUCAAUCACACAUCGCCCAACCCUAAAUGCCUCGCGACACACUGCUCUAGCUCCUCACACUCACUCCCGCCAUGGCUCUCUCACUCGGCAAGCUCACCAUUCUCGUCGGUGCAGGUAUUGUCGGUUCAGUGAUUGCAAAAGAAGGGACUCUGCCGGAUGUCUCUGGUCUCGUUUCCGGUGCUUUUAAGGUUAUUUUGAAGCAAAUUAAAAACAAUGAUCCUGCUCCAACUGUUAAAAAGCAGCCACAUAAUGAUGCUUUGUUGGCUCAGGUAAGCAGCCUUCGGCAGGAACUGCAACUUCUUGCUCGAGAUAGAUCUAUCACUAUUGUAAAUGCAACUGGAACAGGUGGAACAAAAUAUGUAACAGUGAUUGUUAUUGUCGUGGUAGGAUAUGGAUACGUUUGGUGGAAGGGAUGGAAGCUUCCUGAUAUGAUGUUUGCAACAAGGCGUGGUUUAUCUGAUGCUUGUACAUCUAUUGGUAAUCAGAUGGGAAAGCUUUAUGAAUCGAUUGCGGAUACCAAGAAAAAGUUAUCUGCAAGAAUGAAUCGUUUGGAUAAAAGUUUAGAUGAAUGUGCUGCCCUUUCUGAAAGUACAAGGGAGGAGGUGAGUAAAGAUUUUAUAUUUUGUUGUCUUUUUUAUUGUUUAAAAAUAGAAUAUCUCCUGUCACAGGUAUCUGUAAUUCAACAAGAAGCAGAUACGAUAAGUGGAGAUUUCAAGUCUGUUCGUGUUGCAGUCCAUGUUCUGGAAUCUAAAAUUAAAGAAAUAGAAGAGAAGCAGGUGGCCACAACGGAAGGAGUAAACAUGUUGUGUCAAUUUACCAAGACUAUGGAGAAUAGCAAACCCACAGAGUAUAUUCAGGCAUCUUCAUCCAGGCAAGCCCUUGAGCUACCACCAGUUUCACCCCCUUCUAGGGGGUCGCAGUCAGGUUCCUCUAGGCUAUCUCUUGAGCCACCAUCCACGACUCCAUCAUCAAGGACUGGAUCUUUGCCACCGAAAUUGUCAACUGAUCCACCAUCUCCAUCCAAUUCUAGUGGAUCUUACCAGGAGAGUAUUCAGGUGAAUUCGAAAAGCAUUUCACCUAAAGAAGACAAAAGCAAUGGAUCUAGUUCUGGGUUGUUUGGGCUGAGGUUACCUAACGUCUAUGCCCCAUUUCUGACAAGAACUCGCAGUGCGACAGAUGCAGUAGUACAGCAAACUCGUUCGACUAGUUAACAGUGGUGGGUCUCUUUUUCCUUUUCUGGUCCACAGUAAAAAUUAUAGAUAAUUGGUGAUUGUUCAGAAGAUGUACGCACCAUCAAUUAUAGUUUGCAUGCCCUAGCCAGAUUAGAAACGACUGGGCAGUGAAUUUUGCAGAGAUGCUGUUUUUCUCGAGUUUCAUUAGGAUUUAAUUAAAAUAAAAAUUACUCCAAUAUUCAACUGCGAAAGCUGGUAAAGGAAAGAGUGGCUAUUGAAUUGUCGUGUCACCGUGUAUUAUUUUGAAAAUUAGAUACAAAAUCUUGUUAAGAAAAUUU